UUUUUUUCGCCUUUGUUUCCGGUGGCUUUUUGUUAUUAUUUUUGCCCUCACAUGCAGCCAGAAAGGCACGCGAGCACCCGCCUCGGAACGCCCUUUUCUAUUUUUUUUACAUCACGUCCAUCUCUCUCCAUUUCCAUCUUCCUCUCUCCGCGGCCCAUCCUGAUUACAAUAGCUUUUUCCACGCUCUAUAACCUUCUCCCUUCCCUCCCUUUCACCCUCUCUCUCCUCUCUGCUCUGUCCAUCUCCUCUCCUCUCUCCUCAUCGCUAUGCUAUGGCGUUCAACUUUAACUGGUCUCCGCUCAUCGCGGAUGCGAGUUUCUACACCCGCGCUCAGGAGCUGCUAACCGCCGCUUUGAACAAAUCCCCCAAACCCCCCAUCAUCGUCGACGACAUCAUCGUCACGGAGCUCAACCUGGGUUCGAUCCCGCCAGAGCUGGAGAUCCUCGAGAUCGGUGACCUGGCCGAAGACCGUUUUCGCGGCAUCUUCAAGAUGUCGUACUCGGGAGAUGCUUUUCUCACCCUCAAAACGCGUGUCCAAGCAAACCCACUGAAUACCUAUCUCCUUACCCGACCUUCUUUUGCGACUCCGAAACCUCUUGCGGCUGCGACCCCUCUGACAAUCCCGCUUCAAAUAACCCUGUCCGAUUUCAAGCUCUCUGGUUUCGUCAUCCUCGUCUUCUCCAAGCAGAAAGGGAUCACCGUCGUCUUCCGAAAUGACCCCCUCGAGUCGCUCAAGGUUUCCUCCACCUUCGAUUCCAUCCCGUUCGUACGCGACUUCCUGCAGAGGGAAAUCGAAGCGCAGCUGCGCACUCUCUUCAUGGACGAACUCCCGGCGAUCAUCCACCGCCUAUCGCUGCGACUUUGGGUUCCGGAAUAUCGCGCCGAUGAGGACGUCCAGAAACCGCUGGCCCGGGAUGGUCCCGGCCACGAUCCGCUGGCCAGUCCCCCCCAGGACCCCGUGGACUCCCUUGGAAAUGCCCUGAACGAGUCCCAAAUCGCGUCGCUCUCGCUGGAUUCGUCCGUCGAGACCCACUCCUUAUUCUCCCAGAAAAAUUUGCUACGCCUGGCCGCGCUUACCGAUUCGCAGCGAACGUUGUCGCUCUUUACCCCGUCCAUUCGGGAAGUGGUGUAUCGCGCAUGGACUUCACCUGCAGAGCAGGCGGAUCUGCUGGGAAGUACGAUGUCUCUCAACAGUCACUCGCUCGCUCGGACGCAGUCGCAUACCGGGAGCGCGGCUUCGAUCCCGGACAGCGCAAGUACCGUGUCCAUGCAGAGCAGGCUGUCACCGCUCGGGCCGGCUUUCAAUAGCUACGGGUUGAGCCUGGGAGCCGGUCGCCACAAGGCACACGCCAGGAAACGGAAGAAGCGCGUGGUGGAUCUGCGACGACCAAAGGCCGCCGUCGAAACGAUGAGUGUGAGCGACGAGACUGCCUUUACCGAAACGACGAGCGCGCCGUCUGUCUGUUCAGCGCCCGUGCCAGCCACCGAGGAACAGUCCGACGAUCCGGUGACGCCGCCGCUCUCUCCGAUCAGCGAACGCGGGGUCUCUAAUACUCCCGAACGCCGUCCGAGGAGCAUCUCGAAAGCUGCCCCUCAUCGCGAUGUCUUGACCGAGGCAUUUCGCGGGACAGGCGAAUCAUCUGCGCCUUUGGAAACAUGCAGACACCAAAAACACACGGAUGACUCAGAUACCACACCGCGGAACACCAUGUGCGGCCCUAUUGCACCUCCGUGCGGCCUAGAGAAAGAAGCUGGGCCGACUCUGCGGUCGGGGCAGAAGAUUUCGAAUGCGUUCCUUCCGUUCCUAAAGGAUCAUGUAGCCAGUCACGUUGUGGACGACGCAUUGGUGGAGAAGUUGGCCGGUGAAGUCGCGCGCCGCAUGCGCGAAGACAAGAUGGUGGGCGGAGGUUUCUGGGACCGCUACAGCCAGGAAGAGCUACCCCCCCCUGCGUACGGCCAGUGAAGCUUAUUCUUACUCGAUUGAGGAUAAAACCUCUUCCAUCUUUAUCCUUUGUUACCCUCUUUCCUUCUGCUCCCCCUUUUUUUUUUUUUGGAGUGGUCUGCAUUAUGUCCUCUUCAAGACUACGACUCCAGCCAGAGCUGGAGGAUUAACGACCGUUACGAUCUUUUUUUUUUUUCCUGCAUUUCUUUUCUCUUCGAUCUUUGCUGGUUUUUGCUUGCGUUCCUCUUUCUUUUUGCCUCGUUCUUUUUCUUCUCUGAUAUCCGGAAGCGGGUUUAGAUUCGUGUAUGGGCCUGUAAAAUUAUCGUUGUGGCGUCUGGGGUUCUUUCAUUUGCUUUUCUUCUGCCAGUCGGCUUUCUUUUGGUGCCUUGUAUAUAUCUCACUCGCUGGAGUCUUCGUGACGGAUAUCCACAUCCCUUGGUGGUUCUGUUUUUGUGCGUGGCCUUCAUUCCAGGCGGUCCCAAGAGGACGAACAAAAUACUGUAUACUACAACCCAUCCACUCUCCAUUCCCAGUAGAUAUACAAUAUAAAUGCGUACCAUGGUAUUUACCAAUUGAGCGGGGAUCUCGUGUUCAUAAAACGGUUGCAUCAGACUAUCGGCUGCUGGCUCCGCAGGCCAGCUAAUUAACACACAACUUAGCUUUCGCGACAA